AUGCCAUCCAGUAUGUUCUUAACAAAAGAGCGCCCACAUAAUUCUCCUGGCGGUCCUUUGUCCUCAUUAUGGUGCCAGAUUACAAUGAAAUGGUUGCUCUGUAGUGCCCAGGAUGCGGAGACCUCGUCCAGAUACGUCCAGUGGCUGAUUGAUAUGUGUGACAAUAACACAAGAGGAUUCCAGCGUAUCAAACGCCACCAAGAGUGGGCAAAUGUGAAUGUGCUGGAAGCAAAGGUGAAUCGGUGGCACUUGAAGGAUUGGGAGCGCACCGUUGGAAGUCUAUUGGUAUCCCCGUCCGUGGAAGGUGUUCCUUUCAGAGAGGUCUCCGCAGUGGGGCGUUCCAAUGUCAAUUUGGAAACCUGGAACAAUGUGGAUGCGGGAGACAUUGGGUUUCAAGCCAUGAAUGCUCGUUUGGCCCAUGGUAACAUUAAGGAUAAUAAUAACAAUGCUACUACAACCACGACGACAACAACAACAACAAGAACAACAAUACGGCAAGAGGACAAUGGACUCAAGAUUCUUCCCAAGGGGCAAAUCUUGGCGUCCAAGGUGCCAGAACUCAAAGAAGCAUGUGCCAAACGAGGUCUACUCAAGAUGGGGAACAAGGCAGACCUGCAGGAUCGUCUAUUGGAUUGGAGUGCUGCACAACAACAAAAACAAAAACAACGAAAGCAGCAGCCACCAAAAGACUUUGUUGCGGAAUGGUUUGAUGACGAAGACGACGAUGAUGAUGAAAUGCUCUUGGACGAAGACGAAUAUAGUAUUCGAAGUAACGAGAUGGAAGCUUCUGCCAAGUCGCCCAACUCGUUGGAGGAAUGGUCUCGAACUGUGGACUUGGAGUCCUUGCGCAAAAAACGAAGGGAAAUUCAUAGACUAAAGCGACAAGGAUCUAUUCCGCCAGCGAGUAAGAAACAGCAAGAGGAACAACAGCAACGGUUGCGGAACAGGCACGCAGACUUGUCGUUAUCCUCGUCCAAGGAGUACUUGCAAAAUCUGAAAAAGACUUUGGAAACUCCUUCUUCCCAAUAUUCUUCCAAUGUCCGAGCCAAAGAAAUAUACAUGGUAUCCAAACACGUGGAUCAGGCUGGAGAUCAAGAAACUUCCAUUCAACUUUUGCAAACCUUGUUGACUGUCACACCCAACGAUGGCAGAGUGUACUGCAGAUGA